UAACCUCAGACUAAACGCGACCUGUGAACGCGACGGUAAAACAACAUAGGUAAACAAAUUGGCCGACCCUUAUCUGCACUCCAGCAACCGCAACAGCUUUGAUCGUGAUUCAGGUUUAGGCCUUGAGUCCAUCCGUCUGCCCUGCUCUCUGCCUCCAAGUUGGCUUUUGAAAAAACUUUUCGAGUCUGAGCAUCAAACAGCCAAAUACAAUAGCAUACACCGUUGACUCGAAUCACCCACCAUGGAUGACAGCAUGGAUGAUUCGAUAUUUGACGAUGGUGACUCUGGAAGCUACUCGCCCGCGCCGAAACCUAAAGCUAAGCCGGCCGUGAAGAAAACCACAGCCAAGGCUGCUCCAAAGAAGCGUACCAAGCCCAUCAGUGACGAUGAAGACGCCGAACCAUCACUCACAAUACCAAACUCAAAGAAGCAAAAGAUAACAGACGAUGACGACAAUGCGUUGGACAGCCCAGUGGCAUCCAAGCCCACGAAGAAAAAGACAGCCACAGAGAAGUACCAAAAGUUGACACAAUUAGAACACAUCAUCAAACGACCUGACACAUACAUUGGAUCCGUCGAACCUACCGAGCAGUCCAUGUGGGUCUUCAACAAGGAGACCGAGUUGAUGGAGCAUCGUAAGGUUACCUUUGUGCCUGGCUUGUAUAAGAUAUUUGACGAGAUUCUUGUCAAUGCCGCCGACAACAAACAAAAUGACCCGAAAAUGUCGUAUAUCAAGGUUAACAUCAACCGCGAGCUCGGCGAAAUCUCCGUCGAGAACAACGGCAAAGGUAUUCCUAUAGAAAUGCAUGAGAAAGAGAAGGUUUAUGUCCCAGAGCUCGUAUUCGGCCAUCUCCUUGCUGGGUCUAACUUUGAUGAUGAAGAGGAGCGCACUGUUGGCGGCCGAAACGGUUACGGAGCAAAGCUUUGUAACGUAUUCAGCACAGAGUUCACGCUAGAAUGCCAAGACUCAAAAAAUGGCAAACGGUAUAAGCAAACAUGGCGAGAUAAUAUGAGCAAGAUGGAGAAGGCUAAAAUUACUUCCAACAAGACAUCCGACUUCGUACGGGUUAUUUUCAAACCCGACUAUCAACGAUUUGGAAUGCCCAAUGGAAUUGAUGACGAUCUCGAGGCGUUGCUCAACCGUCGUGUCUAUGAUAUGGCCGGUACUGUACGGGGCAUCAAGGUCUACCUCAACGGCUCGCACGUGAACUUGAACUUUGAGAAGUAUUGCGGGAUGUACGCCAAAGCCAUCGCACUGGAACGGGAGGCCGAGGACAUAAGCAACCAAAAAGUUAUCCUCGAGGAUUCCAAGGGACAUCCAAGGUGGGAGAUCGCCUUUGCCGUCUCUGAUGGCACGUUUCAUCAAGUCUCAUUCGUGAACUCGAUUGCUACUACCCAGGGCGGCACCCACGUCAAUUAUAUCGCGGAAAUCAUUUGCCAGUCUCUGUUGAAACAUGUCACGAAGAAGAAAAAAGGCCAUUCGCUGAAGACCAGCCACAUUCGGAAUCACAUCUUUAUCUUUGUCAACUGUCUAGUCAAGAAUCCAGCGUUCAGCUCUCAGACUAAGGAACAACUGACGACUAAAGCCAGUCAAUUCGGGAGCAAAUGCGAAUUAACCGACAAAUUCCUCAAAAAGGUUUCGGAAACUGAGGCUGUCGCUAACAUCUUACAUUUUGCCGAGCAAAAAGCCGACAAGAUGCUCGCCAAAAGUGAUGGCAAUAAACGGUCAAGAAUCAGCAAUGCUAAGCUUGUUGAUGCUAACUUGGCUGGCACCAAGCACGGUCCUGAGUGCACUUUAAUCUUGACAGAAGGUGAUUCUGCCAAGAGUUUGGCAGUCGCUGGUCGUGCUAUUCUGGACCCAGAUCGUAUCGGAGUCUUUCCCCUGCGAGGAAAGAUGCUCAACGUUCGUGAUGCGCCUAUUGAUCAAAUCUCUAAGAACCAAGAAAUUCAAAACAUCAAGCAGUUUCUUGGUUUGAAGCACAAACAGGUGUACACCGAUACCAAGGGCCUUCGCUAUGGACAUCUCAUGAUCAUGGCAGAUCAAGAUCAUGACGGUAGUCAUAUUAAGGGUCUUCUUAUCAAUUUCCUUGAAGUUCAAUACCCGUCUCUCCUCAAAAUACCGGGCUUUUUCCAAGAGUUUAUCACGCCUAUUGUCAAGGUUUGGCAGGGACCCAACCCCAAGAAGCCAUUGAGGUUAAAGUCUUUCUUUACUCAACCCCAAUAUGACGAAUGGAGGGAGGAACACAAAUCUGAGAUUAAACGAUGGCAAUCCAAAUACUUCAAGGGGUUGGGUACAAGCUCGAAUGAAGAUGCCCAGGUCUAUUUCAAUGAUCUCGAUAAUCAUUUGAAACAAUUUGAUAUUAUGCGACCAAACGAAGCCGAAUUGCUCGAACUUGCUUUCUCCAAGAAGAAAGCAGAUGCUCGCAAGGAAUGGUUAGGCAGAUUCGUGCCUGGAACUUAUCUUGACCACACAAUUAGGCAGGUCACUUAUGAUGAUUUCGUCAACAAAGAAUUGAUUCUGUUUAGUAUGGCUGAUAACAUGCGCUCGAUUCCCUCUGUUCUCGAUGGUCUGAAACCUGGUCAACGAAAAGUCAUAUAUGCCUGUCUAAAGCGGAAUGUCACCAAGGAUCAAAAGGUCAUUGAAUUGGCUGGUUACAUCUCUGGAGAGACGGGCUAUCACCACGGCGAUAUAUCGCUACAACAAACCAUUAUCGGCCUAGCCCAAAACUUCGUUGGCUCUAACAACAUAAACUGUCUGGAGCCUAGCGGCAACUUCGGUUCUCGACUUGCAGGUGGCUCAGAUGCUGCUAGCGCUCGAUACAUUCACACUCGCCUGUCGCCAUUCGCCCGGCGCGUCUUCUCUCAACUAGAUGAGCCAAAUCUAGAGCAUCAUGAGGAUGACGGUAAGAAGAUUGAGCCCAAGGUCUAUGCACCUGUUAUUCCCAUGGUAUUGGUGAACGGUGCAGAUGGUAUCGGUACUGGCUGGAGUACUUCAAUUCCCAAUUAUCAUCCUAUGGACAUUGUCAAGAACCUAAGGCGGCGCAUGGGUCGUUUGGACGGCGAUCCUGAAGAAAAACCUUUCGUAGAAAUGGUUCCUUGGUUUAGAGGCUGGAAAGGAACCAUCACGCCAGCCGGGAACAAUCGCUACCAAUGCAAUGGUAUCGCUACUCAUGAUGAGAAGAGGCCCAAUGAAGUCCUCAUCACUGAGUUGCCUGUGCGCAUAUGGACUGAUGAUUUCAAGGCAAAGUUAGAGGAUAUCAUUCGUGCUGAGAAGGUGCCAUCGUUUAUCAAGGAUUACAAGGAAUUCAAUGAUCACCAGAACGUUCAUUUUGAGGUUCAGCUGGACGAAAAGCAUAUGAAGGCAGCCCUCGAAGAAGGUCUCCUUGAGAAGUUCAAGCUGGUCAAGCAGGUGGCCACCUCCAAUCUGGUUGCAUUCGAUACACGUGGAAUGAUUCGCAAGUAUGAAAAGGUUGAGGAUAUUUUGGAAGAAUUCUUCGUCUACCGAAUGGAGAUGUACACCAAACGAAAGACUCACUGGCUGGGCGUCUACCAUACGGACUACCGAAAGUUGAAGAACCAGGCCCGGUUCGUCCGAGAGAUCAUGGAUGGCGAGCUCGUAGUAUCACGCAAGAAGAGGCAGGUCAUUGUAGAAGAGCUUCGUGAGCGCAACUACGAGGCAUUUAGCAAGGUUACAACUGCGAAGAAAACCAAAGAGGAGGAUGAUGAGAAUGAGGAUGACGACGCUAACGAUAAUGCUCAUGGUUACGAUUACCUGCUCUCGAUGCCUAUUUGGUCUUUUACGCAAGAGCGUCUGGAUCGUCUUAAGGAGCAAAUUGUGAAGAAGAAGGCUGAGCACGAUGACCUAGCGGCUCUAAGUGAGAAAGAUCUUUGGUGCAAAGACCUUGAUGACUUUGAAGCCGAAUGGGAGAAUCAGCUGCGCCUUGAUCAAGAAAUUAGCACCGGCAUCCGGAGAAUGGGCCGACGUACGUCAAAGAAAAUCGGUGCUGGUCGAGGCCGUAAGCCUAAAGAUAAAGAUGCUGAUAACGAUUAUGCCCCAACUGCUGCCAAGAGAGGCCCCAAACCUGGAGCGAAGAAGGCGGCGGCAGAGAAGGCCAUCGAAAAAUCUGCUCCAUCGGCUUCCUCGAAGCUCGCUCAGAAUCCAUGGACUAAGUCGAAAAUUGAAGAUAAAGAAAAUGAUUCAGAUCCAUUCGACGACGAUGACUAUGCCGCCCUCAAGAGCAAACCUGCCAAGAAAAAGGCGCCUGCCCUUAAAGAAGAAUCUGACGAUGAUGACGAUGCUCCUCCCACUCAAUCGCGAGGCAAGCGAGCUGCGGCUACCGCAGCCGCCAAAAGCAAGGCUUGGACCGUGUUUGAGGACUCAGAAAGCGAUGAUGACGACAAGAUGCUAGGAGAUGUCGGCGAUCUGGUCAAGGGGAUGGCGAGUAACACUAAUGCCGCUGACUCUUCUGGUGAUAAAACUGGCCGACUUAGUUUGUUUGCCAUGGCACGGCCGAAGAGCAGCGACGGUAACACUACUUUGAAAGCUAAGGGCAAGCCGUCUAAGACUUCUUUUGACUCCGACGAUCAUGAUGAGACUAAUUACGAAAUGCUUGCCAAGUCGCCUCACAAGACAGCAAAAGCCGAUGAACUCGAUAGCUUCCUCUCCGAUGACGACCUGCCUGUGGCCACCAAAAUCACGAGCAAGACCAAGACUGCGGCUCGUUCGACUUUGGAGGAACCGAAGCCAAAGCCAUCGGCUGCUGCUUCUUCCGGCCCCCUUGCCAAGAAAGCAGCUGGCCGCCCCGCGGGGUCAAAGAAUGAGGCAAAGAAAGCAGCUCCCAAGAAGACGGCCUUGUCACCUGCCGCUAAAGCCUACGCUACCAAGAAGGGUGGACAGAAGGCCAAACCCAAGAAGGAUGAUUUUGACAUGUCUGAUGAGAACGAAGAUAUAGAGGAGCUUGACUCCCCACCACCUCGACCUGCCGCGCGCGGUAGACCUGGGCGUGCGGCUGCUGCAAAGGCCAAGCCUGUCUAUGUCUUUAAUGUCGACUCUGAUGAGGACGAGGAUAAGAUGCAAGUCGACGAACCGGAUGGAGAGGAUGACUUCGCCAUGGACGAUAGCGAAUAAUCUAUUUUCCUUCGUUGACAUACGCUCUCGUUUUCUUGCAUGAUUUCACUAUAUGUAUCUGUAUUCAGAUUUGUUAUUUCAGUUUUUCCUUGACUGGUAUGAUAUCAUGAUGGAACAGGGCUGCGGCGUUGAAAACAUUGAUUUAGGUGGCGUAUUGAAUCCAUAUACGGAAGGUCGGAAUCAGCAUGUAUGAACUGGACGAAUGAGACUCAUAAGUUUCUUGAGAAUUAAAUUGUAACUUUGCCUUGUGAUAUCUUCCUCCUUUUGGCAACUUGUCUUGUAACCUUUGAAGGUGACAAUUUUUAAUACUUGUAUUGGGAUGCGUGACAGACGCUAAUUGAGCGCUUACCUCUCUUUACUACUGAAUUCCGAUGCGAGAAUCUGUCACGGAGUCACCCUCCCACGUCUACUGAAUGGUUGAUCUACGAACAAACCGUACAUAGGGAACCUAGGUAUUUAUAGUUGACCCUAGAUCAAGAUAAAUAUGUAGUUCUCAAUGCCAG